AUGUGGAUUUUAUCUGUCGUCUUAAUUGUAGCCUUCUUUGAUGCAGCUAUUGGCUGUACACAAACGCAUGCUACGGCUCUUGCACAAAUUAAAGCUGCUGGUAUUGGAAUUUCAUCAUCAGGUGGUUGUAGUGAUCGUAAUAAACCAACAUGUACAUCACUUGAUCAAGUUCGAUGUAACACAAUUAAUUGUUUGAAAGUAUUGAGAUCAUCCUCAGGUUGCGCACUUACAGUCACUGGUGGCACAGAAACUGGUCAUGCUGGUGGAACUUAUUCACAUUCUACUGGAUAUAAAAUUGAUGUUUCACUUAAUACAUGUAUCAAUUCGUACGUUACAAAGACAUUUACCUAUAUUGGUAAACGAGGUGAUGGUGCUGAUCAAUACCGAGCAGCAAGUGGCAAUGUUUAUGCUAAAGAAGGCAAUCACUGGGAUAUCACAUUCACUGCUACAUGUUAA